AUGAAGAGCGUGGACGAGACUCCUGGGAGUGAAACAGAGAACAACAACCAAGAGCGAGAAAAUCAAUCUGUGACAUCCCAUAAUAGGAGUCUGCUCCUUUCGGAUCCCUGGAAACCAUACCGACGGCACCGUGCAAUUGUCAAAGAGUGCCUGCUGAAGUUGGGGUGUUGUCUGGGAGCAAUGUGUGGGAUUGAGUGGUAUGGCUAUGCUGCUCUAGGCAUUUUGAUGGCAUUCCUCAGCUUCCUCAUGGACCUUAGCGUAACAAUGCUGCUGAGAGCUCACCAGUGGCUUUAUAUGAAGUUGGAGGGCAACAGUCUGCUGCAGUUCUUCUGCUGGACUCUUUACCCAUCCUGCCUCUGUGCUGUCGCAUCAUCGUUCUCCCACAACAUCUGUCCCUUCUCCACAGGCUCAGGUAUACCAGAGGUGAGAGCCAUGUUAGCCGGCAUUAAAUUGCCUCAUUACUUGUCUCUCACAAAUAUGUUUACAAAGUACCUGGGCCUUAUCUGUACACUGGCAGCUGGCAGCACUGUUUUCCUGGGCAAAGUGGGUCCAUUUGUGCAUCUUUCCACCAUGGUGGGAGCCUAUCUGAACAACCUUUGCACUGUUCUACAAGCCAAUAAGAAGGACAAAGAAGCUGGAGAAAUGCUGGUUGUAGCUGCUGCGGUCGGGGUAGCCAGCUGCUUUGGAGCUCCUAUCAGCGGUGUGUUGUUCAGUGUGGAGGUGAUGUGUUCUCACUUUGCCCUGAGGCAUUACGUCCCGUGUUUCUUCUCAGCCGCCUUCGGGGCAUUGACGUUCAGCCUUUUCUCAGUGUGGAGUGGAAAUGGAGAGACUCUCCAGGCAUUGUUCAAAACUAAUUUCCCAACUGCUUUACCGUUCUACCCGCUGGAGAUUCUACUAUUUGCUUUCCUAGGGCUGUUCUGUGGAGCUGUGAGCUGCUGCUACCUCUUCUGCCAUCGGUGGAUCCUGCAAUUUACCAAAACAAACUCAGUCUUCAUCAAGAUGCUGACGACAGAGACGGGCCUAUACUCAGGCAUGGUGGCCUUCCUCCUGGCGUUUGUGACAUUUCCCCACUUUGCUGGUCAAUUCAUGGCUUCUAAGUAUACCACAAAGCAGCUCCUCACUUCCUUACUGGAUAGCAGGCAGUGGAGUUCUCGGCCCCACAAUGCUUCUGUUCAAUUGGAGCCCGAGUCUUUGUUGGAAUGGAGCUCGUCGGGGAGGCCUUUCUACCUCUCCUUGGCUUUCUUUCUGCUCAUGAAGAUGUGGAUGUUGGUCCUCGCCUGCACUCUGCCUGUGCCAGCUGGAUACUUCAUGCCAGUCUUUGUCUAUGGGGCAGCUUUGGGCCGUUUGCUUGGAGAAGGAGUAGCUUAUGUGUUUUCCACUGGAGUAACUUCACGCCAGCAGUGGGGUUCCAUAAAUCCUGGGGGAUACGCACUGGCUGGUGCAGCAGCCCUAUCCGGGGCUGUGACACACACCCUGUCCCCAGCUCUCCUGGCGAUAGAGCUGACUGGCCAGUUCAGCCAUGCUGUACCGGUUCUCCUCGCCACUCUCCUGGCCAAUGCCCUGGCUCGUUCUGGAAACCGCCCAUCUUUCUAUGAUGCCCUCUCUAUCAGCAAGAAGCUCCCACACCUGCCCUCUCUGAAGAAGGCAUGCCCUUGGUGUGACAUGAUUCAUCCCUUUUGCAGGCUUCCCUCCACACCGGUUGGACAGGUUUUGGGAGCGAAAUCAGUGCAGCUUCAGAAAGCCGCUGGGCCAGCAGAGGUUCAGCAUGCUGUCAACUCCAGCACUGAAACACAAAUCCCUGUGGUGGACUCAGAUGAGUCGCAGAUUUUACUGGGGUUUGUUCUUCGAUCAGAGCUGCUGAUGUUCCUGCGUCACUCUAAGACUGAGACUUUUGAAAAACAUCUGGAUGAGGUCUGCUGCAUUCACCCUACCUCUGUCCUGUUAUCACCUCACAACACUGUUCAGGAGGCCCACAGUAUACUGAGUCUAGAUGGAGCCGAGACCUUAUUUGUCACAGAGAGAGGACGGUUAGUCGGACUCAUCACAUGGCCAGAGAUGAAGAAAAUAUUAGAGGACUUGGCCGAAGAAAUCUAAGCAGUGACACACAGGAUAUAAGCACAUCCCUUGACCUUUUUUUAAGCAU